AUGGCUGCAUUGAAUUCAAGUGUCAUAUUUUGGAACGAAGAAGAGAUUGUGCCGCGGAGUCUCCUACUCAUCUCUUCAGGAGCUGUUGGUGACCGAUUGCUUUUCUGGCAGUCGACCAGCUCUCCCAACAGUUCUGCCUAUCAAGAGCAAGUGUCACUAUGCGGCGCUAAUAUCCCAAGGCGAAAAAUUCCCACUUCCCUGGAAACAGCUCCUUCCCCUCAUAGCACACUAAGUCAAAACGCAUCGCAAUAUGGUUGUCGAGGGGUCUCUUGUCCGUCUUCGGCAGGGGGCUUCGGGAGUGGAAACCUCACUACUUCAGUUUCCUCCACAGUCGUCGGAUCACCACAGCAGGCUAGCAUUCCUUCGGGCGAGGCAACUUUGGCGGGCGCUCUAGGCACGGGCAAGACACGUCUCUCGAACACAGCUCCCAGUACCCAGCGCCACUCUGCUGCUGCUGCUGCUGCUGCUGCUGCCACCACUGUCGCCUCCUCCUCUGGCAAUUCUGGAGGCAGUGGCAAUCCAAACCAAUCUGGCGGGUCCAUUACUGUCGCUCCUACCGAAAUGGUUGUUGAAGGCGUACCUGUCAGCUCUUUACUCAGCUUGCUCCACCCCUCCACCAACGAGCUCCAGCAUAGAAUCUACAUAAAGCUGAGCACGAAAGUCUUCGUCGGCGUGGCCUUCAGCCUAACAAAGGCCAUAAUGGAGACGAAUGGUCUUCCAGUGGUAAAUCAAUCAUCACCUCUGAUCAAUCGAAGGGGUUCAAUGCCUAGCACUAGUACCUACGCCACUGUGGCACCCAAGCCGACAAUGGACUUUACAAGCAUAAUUAAUUUCCUCCGUCUCAAAUCCCCACUGCCCCCACCCAAGUGUAAAUCCCAUCCAACACAGGUAGCUCAUUGCGGCGAUCCAUUUGGCGUCAUCAGUAGCAAACAAAGUAGCAAGACGGUUAACCAAACUGUUUCCAGUUUUGCGGUUGUCUUUGUUCUCAACGAAGUCACUCCACCGUCCGUUCAGUCGCAUUACACAGAACUCGCUCGACUGGCAAGUUCCAUUUUUCAACUUUUUUUGGUGGUGCAACAGCUGAAUCAAAACAUUUGUACUAACAUCAAGACGGGUGCACAGCUGCGUCGAUCAGAGCUCUACUGGCAGAAUUUGAGCAGCGAACGUGAGAAGAUCUCCGCCAUUCUCGACCGAUACGCAGGCAUUCUUAGUAGUGGGGAGGGUCAGGUGGAUGCUGUAGAUCGCGGCGGUGGUAACGGGAGCAGUAUUGAUGACAAUGGCGACGUUAGUACCACUAGCGGAAGUGUUGGUGGUACGGAAGUAGUCUCGCCUCUCAUUACUACACGUAAAGGGGUUUUAUCGGAGGCACCUGAUGAGGACGACUCCGUUAAAUUUGAAAAACACGAAUUUACCGGAAAUGGUCGUUGUGACCCCUGGUGUGUCUACGCCCACGUAGCGAAACGCUCUUCUCUCUGCAGUGAACUUUCUCAAAUUUUGAGUCAAGUGGCUUCUAGCGGCCGUGUAAAUGUCAAGAUCUACAACAAAUAUACAGUAUUCUUCUGUCUGCCCUUCAAGGCCUACACGAUUAUGCCAUUUGGCUUGAAAAUGAUAACUACACCAAAGCCAUGUUGGCCUGCGAUUCGACCAGGCGCAGUUUGGCGCGCUAUGCAGCGUCUUCGACCCUACCACACUUUGCUCUUGACUACGCGCAAACGUUAUCUUCAUGCCUACACUGAUUCCUUUCCCACCGAUGCGAAUCAAUCCCUAGAGAGCUUUGUAGAAAACAUCUCUCCAACCUCUAGUUUGGUCUCGAUGUCAAAUCAAGGGCACUCUCAGGAGGACUGUCUGCGUUUGGCGCUUUGGCUAGUUUACCACGGUCACGCAAUUAUCAUUUCGCCCAUCGUCUCAAGCAAUGCCUACACGCUAGCCCCACUCUCCCACUACUGGCUGCAGCCCAAGGUUCUCCUCCAAUUCGCAGCCCAAUUCCCCAAUCUGAACUUUGCGGAGGUGCUGGCUUCAUUCUCAGAUUAUUACACUCUUGAGGAACACUUCAACGGACAAUCACCGUCCCAGUUUUGGACAAAUUUGAGUGCUGCGGAGUGUGCCGACCUGGUGGCGUGGCUUCUGCGUCGUCGACUUAUUGUACAGGUGCACACUUACCUCCUUUCUCUUCUAGCACAAAAAGCUAAUGCCGUCCCGAUUAAACAUGACAAAGACGCCUUCGGUUCCGAGUCUUCCUCUUCCAUGAGCGGUCCAUCGGAACAAGCCUUCGUCCGAAUUCACCAGGGAUGUAGAGGAAUUCUGCUUCAAUCCGCCCUGCCAGAUCCGAGUGAUCGGGAACGUGUGCUAGCGCACUACUUUUCUGCUGUACAGCACUACCCCGACAUGCUCCAUCUCUUUCUGCGUCUUCUGACACACCUGCCUGCACACUUGGAAGAACUCAUGUUCGUUGAAUCAGUGGAUAGACAAACCCUUAUCACUUGUAUGCAACUAUUUUCGCCCUUCCUCGUUACAAUGCGUCUGCCCGACCCCGUCACUGCCUGUUUUGCUGGUGUCGAAUGGUCUCACUAA